AUGGCGUACCAACAGCAGGGCCAGCAGCAACAACAGCAGCAGCAGGGCGGGCAACAAGAUGCUCGUAACCCCAACCGCCUUCACUUGAACUUCGGCUUCAACAACAACAACUCGCCCAACUUCGCCGCCGAGCAAGGUCGUGCUUUCCCUACCACACCGUCCACCUUUCCCCAGCCGCUCGGUCAGCAAGAUGUAUGGGGCACAGGACAAGCUGCCAGUGGCAUCAACAGCCAAGGGUAUUUCUACAAUACACCAAACCUUCAGCAGUACGGCAACUUGCCCUCGGGAGCUCAGACACCAGGUGCAGGCGCGGGCUACCGCAGUCCAGGUGGCUACGCGGACGCAACCAAUGGCUUGGCCCAUCAAUUUCAGCAUCAGAACUUGGGAGGCAACACACCGCGAUCCGCUAGUCCGUAUCAGAGGCAGGCAUCACCUGCGAAUCCGCAGAGGCCGAGGACAGCGGGGCAGACAGCUGCUCAGGCCCAGCAGCAGUAUGGAAGCUAUCUCAAUGCUCCUAUGCCGGGACAGCAGCAGCAACAGCAAGUGCCCUCGGGACCGAGUAUCUACGAUGAUGAGCCACCACCAAAGAAUCCGGAGAAGUAUUCCACCACUAUCACCGAGAGAGUGAAGUUGCAGAAGAUGUUGACGCAGGAAUUUUUCAAGGAGAACGUCGAGAGGGCCAGGGCGAGGAAUGAGAGAGCCAAGGAGCUGGAAGGCAUUAUUAGCUCGAGAGAGCUAUCGGAUGCUCGUAAAGAGCAAAAGAAGAACACCAUGCGCAAAUCCGAAGCCAACUUUCUACGAUUCCUGCGGACGAGCGAGCGACAGCAGAACUACAACACGCUCAAGAUCAUCGGCAAAGGUGCUUUUGGUGAAGUCAAGCUGGUGCAGCGGAAGCAUGAUGGCAAGAUCUAUGCAUUGAAGUCGCUGGUCAAGGCUGAGAUGCAUAAAAAGGAUCAGCUCGCUCACGUUCGCGCCGAGCGCGAUAUCCUCGCCAAUGCCGACAGCCCUUGGUUGGUGAAGUUGCAUACAUCGUUCCAGGACUCGACCUUCUUAUACAUGCUGAUGGAGUUCCUACCUGGAGGCGAUCUGAUGACUAUGCUCAUCAAGUAUGAGAUCUUCUCGGAAGAUAUCACGCGAUUCUAUAUGGCCGAAAUCACACUGGCGAUUGAGGCGGUGCAUAGGCUGGGCUUUAUACAUCGUGACAUCAAACCCGACAACAUCCUCCUCGAUCGUGGCGGCCACAUCAAACUCACCGACUUCGGUCUCUCCACUGGUUUCAGUAAAGAACAUUCUGCCUCGUACUACCAACAACUCAUGUCCCAGAGUCGGCCCAAAUCUCUCGCCCAGAACCGGCAGAGUGUCAGCAUCGACCAGAUCCAACUCACAGUUUCCAAUCGCAAUCAGAUCAACACUUGGCGUAAAUCUCGUCGCCAGCUCGCCUAUUCCACCGUCGGAACACCAGACUACAUCGCCCCCGAGAUUUUCAGCGGGAAAGGGUAUGAUUUCGGCUGUGAUUGGUGGUCGUUAGGCACAAUCAUGUUCGAAUGCCUGAUUGGCUGGCCUCCAUUCUGCGCCGAAGAGCCACAUGAUACUUACCGCAAAAUCGUCGACUGGCCUCGCCACUUACACUUCCCACCUGACCAACAGCUCGGUGACGACGCGCAAACGUUCAUCUGCUCACUCAUCUGCGACAGCCAGAAUCGUCUAGGUCGUGUCAAUGGCGCUGCGGAGCUGAAACAACAUCCUUUUUUCCGUGGAGUGAACUGGGACAGUCUACGCAAGAUCAGAGCACCUUUCGAGCCGAAGCUGCAGAGUAAUGUCGAUACACAGUACUUCCCUAUUGAUGAGAUCCCGCAGGUAGACAAUUCGGCACAGUUGCGAGCACAGACGGAGGCACAGAUUGCCGCUACCAAUGGCGGAGACGAUUCCACAUUGUCGUUGCCUUUCAUUGGGUAUACUUAUAAGCGAUUUGAUGCGUUCAGGGGUGCUUGA